UUGUGCCUGAACAGUGUCAGUCGGUCACUGGUGUUGUAUUUGUGUCUGUUGUGAUCCUCGUCCGCUGUUGUUGACAGACCGACGGACACACACUGGUGUGUUUGUGUGUGUAAGCACAGCUCUGCUGUGGAUGUCAGGAUGGACUCCAGUGGAAAACCCUCAACUGCACAGAUUGUGGUGUUAGCCACCAGCUCAGCUCUGACUGCCCUUUUCUACUCCAUGUACAAAAGCAGAGCCACGACAGUUGCUAGAUUAAAGGAAGCCAAGAAAGUGGCCAUUGACCACAAUUUGAAAAAUUUCCUGUCUGAAACCCCUGGACGAUGUGUCCCAUAUGCUGUCAUAGAAGGUGUGGUGAGAAAUGUGAAGGAAACUCUCAGCAGUCAGUUUGUUGAUAACUGCAAAGGCGUCAUCGAAAGACUGACACUGAAGGAGGAAAAGAUGGUGUGGAACCGCACCACUCAUCUCUGGAACAGCACAGAGAAAGUCAUUCACCAGCGCACCAACACCGUUCCAUUUGCCCUCGGGUCUCAUGACGAUGAUGUUGCUACCACAGUCCGGGUUAUACGCCCUCUGGAUGCUGCAGACUUGGACUUGGAGACCACGUACGAGAACUUCCACCCCACGGUCCAGUCCCUGUCCUCUGUUAUUGGCCACUUCAUCAGUGGAGAACGACCCAAGGGCAUCCAUGAAACAGAGGAGAUGCUGCGGCUGGGAGACAGUGUCACGGGAGUGGGAGAGCUGGUCCUAGAUAACAACCUCAUCAAGCUCCAACCUCCCAAGCAGGGUCUGUGUUACUUCCUUACCCGCCUGGACUAUGAGUCUCUGCUGAAGAAGCAGGGACAAAGUGUCAGACUGUGGAGGAUUUUGGCUCUUCUCUCAGGCAUCGCUGCCUGUUCCACGCUCAUUUUCAUCCUGUGGAAGAAAUUUGUGCACCACAGACAGAGUAAGAAGGAGCGAAGAAUCCUCGAGGAGUUCAAGGAGCAACAGAAGAAACGGAAGCGUGAACUUAACAUAGAGGAGAGCAGCGUGUCACCCACCAGCUGUGCUAUUUGUCUGAGCCGCGAGCGCUCCUGUGUGUUCCUGGAGUGUGGCCACGUGUGUGCCUGUGCUCCGUGCUACGAUGCCCUGCCACAGCCAAAGAAAUGCCCCAUCUGCAGGGCAACUAUAGACAGAGCCGUGCCUCUUUACAAUAGUUAACAUGGACUCACAUGACAUCGGGAGUCGACAGUCCAGUGUUUCAUCGCCGUGGUAACAGUGGAAAUAUUUCAUUAAAAAGCUGAAACAUCAGGCUUGUUGAGCUUAAA